GAGGAACCUUUCUCUGAAAAAAAAAAAAAAAAAAACGGUUCUUUCUGCCUAAUAUCCCUGUUUACGAGACCGACGACGGCGAUGGAAGAAUUGGAGUGUGGUCUCAACGAGGGUUGUUUAUCCGUCUCUACUUUGCCAGACAAGGGUCGUUGCCUUUUUGCCACCAGACACUUCUGCCCAGGGGAAGUCAUUCUGAGAGAAAGGCCUUAUGUUUCCGUUCCUAAUAAUAACUCCAGAUGUGAUGGUUGUUUUAAGACGAGUUCUCUUAAAAAAUGUUCAGUUUGUCAGAUGGUUUGGUACUGUAGUAGCUCAUGUCAGAAGGAAGAGUGGAAAUUGCAUCGUCUUGAAUGUGAUGCUCUUUCAAAGCUUGAUAAAGAAAGAAGAAAAUGCGUUACACCUUCUUUGCGUCUGAUGCUCAGACUCUACAUUCGGAAGAAAUUGGAAUCUGAAAGGAUUAUUCCUGCUACUGCUAUGGAAAACUACAAAUUGGUGGAGGCAUUGAUCUCUCAUAUGUCGGACAUAGAUGAGAAGCAACUGGUCUAUGCCCAGAUGGCUAACCUUGUCAACUUGAUGCUUCAGUUGCCUGAUAUCAACAUAAAAGAGAUUGCAGAAAACUUUUCCAAGCUUGCUUGUAAUGCACACACCAUUUGUGAUAAUGAAUUGAGACCCCAGGGGACUGGACUGUUUCCUAUCAUUUCCAUUAUUAACCACAGCUGCUUGCCAAAUUCUGUUCUGGCCUUUGAGGGAAGAUUAGCUGUGGUACGUGCUGUGCAACAUAUACCCAAAGAUUCUGAGGUGUUGAUAAGCUACAUUGAAACUGCUGGAAGCACUCUGACUCGUCAAAAAGCUUUAAAAGAGCAAUAUCUCUUCACUUGCAAAUGUGUUCGUUGCAUCAAAUUGAUGAUGUCCAAGAAGGUGCAAUUCUGGAAGGUUAUGGAUGCAAGAAUACUGAAUGUGAUGGCUUUUUGUUACGUGAUUCUGGUAUUUAGGAAGGCUGAAAAAAGUAGAAUGAUAAGAAAUAAAAAAACAUUUCGGAAGGCGACUGACAAUUUCUGCUUACUUGAUAUCCAAUGUUCAGGUGACAAAGGAUUCAUUUGCCAACAGUGUGGACUUGUUAGGAGCAAGGAAGAAAUAAAGGAGUUAGCAAGCGAAAUAAAAUCACUGUCAGAAAAGGUUCUUGAUUCCGUAUCAUCACAAAAUUACCAGGAAGUAAUCACUACAGUUACUAUUGAGAAACUGCAAAGAAAUCUGUGCCAUCGUUUUUCAAUCAGCUUGAUGCAAACUCGCGACAAGCUUCUGAAGAUGUUCAUGGAGUUGCAAAACUGGCAUGAAGCUCUAUCGUAUUGCAGGAUGACCAUUCCAGUAUAUGAGAGAGUAUAUCCAAGCUUCCAUCCAUUGCUUGGUUUGCAAUAUUAUACAUGUGGCAAACUUGAAUGGUUUCUUGGGGAGACAGAGAAUGGUGUGAAAUCUCUAACCAAGGCAGUUGAUGUACUUAAAAUCUCUCAUGGAACCAAUACACGUUUUAUGAAGGAGCUGCUGAUGAAAUUGGAUGAAGCUCGUGCCGAAGCCUCUUAUAAACAAACUCUCACCUAAACAUGACUGAAAUAUAAUUUACAUGGGAUUUUGUCUAUUUUAUUACACAAUUUUUUUGCCUCUGCUUUAGAAAUAUAAUUUGUCAUUGUGAAGGUAAUUAUAAUGUUGAUGAGCAAAAGCCAUGUAGAAGAGUAUUGGUAAUUGUACAAUGGCAGUAAUACUGAAAUUGAACCAAAUGGAAAUGGAUCUAUUCUUUUGUGCAUUA